UUGUAGGAUAGCGGGGCUCGACGAUACUCUUGGAGAACCCUGCUAUGGUAUGGGUCAUUCAAGGAAACUGCUGUGUCGUUUAUAGGCAAGCAUAUAUGCAGUUUAUGCGAUGUUGUGUACCCAUCCAGUUUGUCACAAAUUACAGUUUAGUUUUGCCAUUUCAGUUGGUCUAUUUAUAAUGAUCUCAAGCACACAGCUUUAUGUUCUGUGCCUAUUAAGUGCAGUAAUCCUAAGCAUGGACACAUCAUCGGAAAAACUUGCCAAACCUUUCGUGAUCAACACAUGGCCAUUUACAAAUGCAACUGUAGCAGCUUGGCGGGCACUUCAGGUCGGAACAGCGGUGGAUGCUGUUGUAAGUGGCUGCUCGCAAUGUGAACGGGAGCAGUGUGAUGGAACAGUGGGUUUCGGAGGCAGUCCUGACGAGCGAGGGGAAACCACUCUAGAUGCUAUGCUGAUUGAUGGAGCUACUCACGCGGUGGGUGCAGUAGCAGGGCUGAGAAGAGUAAAAGAUGCGAUUGCUGUAGCUAGGGCUGUGAUGGACCACACGAAACACACACUGCUAAUUGGAGAUUUGGCUAGUGAGUUUGCGGUCGAGAUGGGCUUUAGAGAGGAGAGUCUGUCUACACCUGCUUCGAUGAAGAAAUGGAAAGACUGGAUCAGCAACAAUUGCCAGCCGAAUUUCAGACGUAACGUCUCCCCAGAUCCUGACUCCCACUGCGGCCCGUAUAAGCCCAUCAAGCAGAGCAGCCAGAUGGUCAAGCAGUCUGUUAGCCGACCACGAUUCAGUGAGGCAAACCACGACACGAUAGGCAUGAUUGCCAUGGACACAGAUAACAACAUGGCCGCAGGAACCUCAACCAAUGGAGCAACGCACAAGGUUCCUGGGCGCGUGGGAGACUCUCCAGCGGUCGGUGCGGGAGCAUAUGUUGACAACGACGUCGGGGGCGCGGCUGCGACCGGCGACGGAGACAUCAUGAUGCGAUUCCUGCCCAGCUACCAGGCUGUAGAGAGCAUGCGGCAGGGCAUGACGCCAGCGGAUGCGGUGGCUGAAGCUCUGCGCCGCAUCACGCGCGUCCACCCACAGUUUGAGGGCGCCGUCGUAGCUGCGAAUGCCAACGGCGAACAUGGUGCCGCCUGUGUCGGGUUUGAGUGGUUCAAGUACAGCCUGUAUGACGUGAACGGUCUUCGGCUGGUAGACGUUCCUUGUCGUAGUUCUGCAGAAGAACAUAAGCCACCUCUACAUACGCUACAGAAAAGUGCUAAAAAGCCAGGAAGUUGCUUGUAAUGGAGAUGAGAUUCAAAGUCAUUGAUGCACAACUCUAUGUCAAUUGUACGAGUGAUUAUCAUAACUGUGAUGCACAAUGAUUUGUAGCAAAGAAGAAGUCAGCCAAUUGUAUAAUUAGUGGAUAAAAAUGGAAUUUCUCCACGUAAUACGUAUGCCAUGGCAUGGCCAAUAUUGUUAUCUUACAAUAAACUAGUCCAUGCCCGUUAGGUGGUCAGAACUUCUGUUACACAUACACAGACACAC